AUAUAUACAGCUCAGUCUUUGUAAUGUCAAAUUUGGCAACACCAAUGAAAUUGUCUAACUUUUAACAGGUUCUUUGGAAAUUUGAUGGCAAAACCCCAGCAACCUUAGGACCCAAUACCAGAGUCUACAAGUGGCUUCCCCAGAAUGACCUCCUUGGUCAUCCAAAAACCAAAGCCUUUGUAACUCAUGGUGGAGCCAAUGGUGUCUAUGAGGCCAUCUAUCAUGGAAUCCCUAUGGUUGGCAUUCCUAUGUUUGGAGAACAACAUGAUAACAUUGCCCACAUGGUGGCCAAAGGAGCAGCUGUUACACUGAAUAUCAGGACAAUGUCAAAGUCAAAUUUGUUCAAUGCACUAAAGGAAAUAAUAAACAAUCCAUUCUAUAAAAAAAAUGCUGUGUGGUUGUCAACCAUUCACCAUGACCAACCUAUGAAGCCCCUGGACAAGGCUGUCUUCUGGAUUGAGUUUGUCAUGCGCCACAAAGGGGCCAAGCACCUGAGACCACUUGGACAUAACCUUCCCUGGUACCAGUACCACUCUCUGGAUGUGAUUGGAUUCCUGCUCACCUGUUCGGCAGUCAUUGCAGUCCUUACUGUAAAAUCCUUCUUGUUUAUUUACCGACUCUUUGUGAAGAAGGAAAAGAAAAUGAAGAAUGAGUAGAGCUCAUUGACAAUGCACUACAGGAAUGAAAUUUCAGCCUCAUUCUAAUUUAUGAAUCACCUUCUUAACACUUCCUGAUUAUUUUUUUGUCAAGGCAGAUCAUCUUUGUAAGAAAACAUAUAACUCCAUAAAUACUGAUAUGUUAUCAAAAAUUCCAUCAUUCAUAAAUUUUAAUAGCACUUAAUAUAAAAAUAUAAAAAAA